GAAAAGGCAAAAAAAAAAAUGCCUUUUAAAUGUCUUGUUGAUGUUGGUUGUAACAGGAUUUGCCAUGUAUCUUUCACCCCUUAAUCAUCUUUUGGGUUGUCCUUUGAAUCUCCUCUACUUUUUCUCUAAAUGUCCUUGAAUGUUAAGGAGGCCUCAAAGGGUCAAGAGUGAGCUCUGAGGAGCUCCCCUGUGCACCUCCAUAUGAUUCACUGUCUGUCUUCCCAGUGGGAAAGUGGACUUGGGGAACAGGCAGUCUGCAGUUGAGGUCCUCAUUCUAAACUCAGAGCCCAGCACUCCCUGGGGGUUCCAACUUGGAAGUGUAAUCUUGGGUGCACUGCCCUCUGUGCUGUGCCUAAUGCUUCACAUUCCUGGGACAGUGAUUUCUAACUGGCUGUGGAGCUGCUGCCCUGCUUUUUUCUCCAGGGUCCUUGGAGGCUCCUUUUUUCCUGUGCUAGGCUGACAGAUAAAAUGAUCGCUGGGGUAUCUGGGGUCAUUUCCACUGCUGUGGUUGGAGCUGUGAACCCAGGCUGUGUCAGAGAAGACUUGCUUAAGUAUAAAUGAACCUGUCAGAGCUGAACCCAAGGUCCCAGGGUCAUCUGCAGAGGAGAGGUGGAACUCCUCAAUCAGUGCCUGCUCCCUCUCCCCCUUGAGAAAUCUAAACCAACUUGACAUUGAAAUGGGGUGGUAAAUCGGGAGUGGGUGUGGCUUAGGGGAAGCAGCAUCUGUCCCUGGUGACAUGGGAGGCCUGAUAGAGUGGUCUGAACAGACCUGAAGUCUGAUUUCACUGUGACGUCUGGACAAGUGACUCAACCUCUGAGCCUGUUUCCAGCUAUAAAAUGAGGAGAGAUAAACCUACCAAAUAAGGUUCCUUCAGGCGUUUAAGUGAGGCAGCACUCAAUCCCAUCUCCUAAUUUCUGUGACAGAGGAUGCAAGAAGAUAGGAUGGGUGUGUGCUUGAUGCAGGAGAGGGAGGAGGUCGAAAAGAGAAGGUGAUAAGAGCUAUAUCUGUACACCAUGGCUAAGCAGUGACAAGAAUACAGAGAGGUGUAAAUGCCAAGGUGGGAGAUGAGAAGAAGGAGAUUGGGAAAAAAGCCUGGGUUGGAAAUGAAGUGUGCUUGUCCUGAGCUUCUGGGAGCUCAACAUGACAACCAGCUUCUCCAACACGCUUCCCCUUUUAAGAUGGUGAUCCAUAGAGCUAGCAGGCCUUGUUGAGCUGGAUAUGCAAGAGUAAUAAUAGUAAUAGCAUUAUCGAGCCAGACUGGGGAGUAGGUUCUGUCCCUGCCACACCAAAGUGUUUCUGAGAAGAGUCGAGAGCCCAGGAGUUGGUCCGUAUCCUUCCUCCAUCAUUCACUCCUUUUGUACUGUCUCUCCAAUGGGAUGGUAAACUCUUGUCUCCCCUCCUCCAUGCCUAGCAUAGUGCCCUGAACUUUGGUGUUUAGUAACCAUUCAAGCAAAAGCAAGUGCAUUAUUCUGGAACAUCAAGUGCAUCUUCUCCUAUUCAUUAAGUGUUGCCACUGACCUAAAAGUUCUUUCCAAGACAAGUCUGGAGAGCUCCCUGGGAGGAGGAGGGUGCUGAAUGUUAGAGAGUCCUAUAGGUCUGUUGCUUCCUGCCACAAAAUAAUUGGGCUACAAAAUGUCAAUUUAUUAAAAAAUAGGACAGUGUGGCUAUUCCCAUUUUACAGUUGAAGAAGGUGAGGGUCAAAGAGGUCACAGAUUUUUGUAUACGGACUCCUGGCUUAGUGCUCUUCACUCCCCUGACCCAGAAAUCUGCCUCCUGGCCAACUGAUGGGCCGGGUUCCCCCGAGCAGGGCUUGGGUCGGGAGGAGCCCCGCCAUCCAUCAUUCUGCAUGCGCAUCCCGAGCACCUGCUGUGAUUUGCAGAGACCUGGUGAGUGCUGGCUGUGAGAGAGCAGAGACCGGGUGAACACGGUCAGAUUCCCCGGGGGGGAAAGCUGACAGGCAUUUUAUGGAGCUCCUUCGGUGCCUGGCACUUUGCUGGGCACCGUAACGCCUGUUACAUGGGAGGAGGUGUCCUUGCCCCUAUUUCUACCCUGAGAGAGAGAAAGUAACCAUUUUACUGAAAAGCCAAGAACCACUGGGAGUGGCGAGGAAGGGCGGGGCCAGCUCCUCAGCUUAAGGUGGUGGGCUUGGGUCGGAACGCCCGAUGCAGCAGUGCCCACAUGGGGGCAGCGGUGCGGACCGGCGGGCCGUGGAGGGACCCCAGACCUGCACCCCUGCCCAAGGGUUUCGGGGAGGGCGGGGAAGGGGCGGCAUCCGGCGCUCCAGGGGCGGGUUCCUUCGGAGCAGGCUCCGCCUCCAGGAGCGCGGGUUUAAAAGGAGGGAAGGCGCGCACCAAGCACUGGAGCUGCGGCCAAGUGCACCUGAGCAGAGGUGCGGCCGGGGCCCAGCCAUGACCCUGCGGGCUAGGGGCGCUCGGCUGCUGGGAGGCCUCCUGUUCUUCACUCUGCUCGCUGCCGGCGCCGCCCCGCUCAGCUGGGAUCUCCCGGAGCCUCGCAGCCUACCCGGCAAGAUCCGAGUGCACCCGCGAGGCAAUCUCUGGGCCACCGGUCACUUCAUGGGCAAGAAGAGUCUGGAGCCCCCCAAUCCAUCCCUACUGGGGACAACGCACCACAUCUCUCUGAGGGACCAGAGACUGCAGCUGAGUCAUGAUCUGCUCAGGAUCCUCCUGCAAAAGAAAGCUCUGGGCUUGAGCCUCAGUGGCCCAGCAUCUCACACCCUGGAGGCUGCUGGUGCAAACGCUGGAGAAGUGAUGCCACGAAUCAGGAAGACUCCACAGCAUGGCUUAGGCUGUGCACCACAGAGAAGGCUCUGAAUGGGACCCUGGUGGUCCCAUCAGGAUGUAAAUCAUGGGCUCAAAUAUAUGUAACCCCAUUACUGUGAUUUCUGGUUGAGUUGCCAGGAAUAUCACCAAUGCAGAUGCAAAUGAUGUCCCUGCUGUAUGUCUUGCUUCCCUGUUGAAGUUGUGAAUAAAAUCCUGCUCUUUACAUAGA